AUGCCUGGAAACUAUCGUCGCCAGAAUACUUAUGACCAUACUACGGGUAUGACAUAUGACCGUCAGAUAUCCAGAAUGACCACAGCCAGUGCUCCAGCUCGAGGGGUUGCUGAUGAUGAGGAGGAGAAGCCCAGCACCAUGUCUAAAGUUGGCAGAAAGAUCAAGACUAGCAUUGCAGACUUCUUUGGUGUUGGAGAGGAGGAUGCUACCAGGUCCCAGCGAUGGAAUAACAGACGAAUGCGGUUUUAUCGUGGCAAGUUUCGUGAUGACAAGAUGCCUGGAAAGGACCAGGCAGAUGAUGAUGUUCUGGGGGACAUGCCUACUGUGCCACAUGUUUAUGAUCCUCUUCGUAAUCCUACUCGACACAGCGAGUAUUCAUCCAGAAGAACAACUCCCCUCUCAAGCACAAGCACAUAUGCCAGAUCAAGAGGUCCUCCCAAAAGACCAAGAAAAGACUCAGUUGUCAAGAUGACUUAUAAAACUAUUGCUGGAGCUAGAAAGAAGUUACGUGGCAAGCCUAGUGUACAGCGUCAGAGGAGUUUUGCUCCUGCUAGUCUAGCAGGAGAGUACCCAGAUGACCUUUCAGCAAGCAUGAUUUAUCAUUCCUAUGAUGAUGCCUUCAGUCUAGUUGAUGAUGUUUUCUAUGAUGAGCCUGCCUUCAGCCCAGAGAUGAGGAUGGAAAAGAUAGGUGAAGAUGCUGAGAUGGAAAUACAUAGUAAGGGAUGGCGGCCAGCACACCGGUAUGGAAUGUCCAAAAGUCAUCAGCUGGAUGAAGGUAUGCCUCACUUUGGCAUGAAAAGAAUUGACAAUGUGGUUCGAGAAGACCUGGAAGACCAUGACAAGAGACAGAUUGGAAUGGGUUUUGUUGGCCGACUUUUUAACCGUAGUUACAGAAGUGAUCGACUUAACUCCUACGUCAAGUCACAGAUUGAUGAUUUUGAUGAUCACAGGCCUUACUUCACUUACUGGGUGACCAUAGUCCAGAUCCUGUGCUUCAUUGUAUCCGUGGCAGUGUAUGGUAUCGCACCAAUAGGAACUGGGGAAACAGUGAAAACUGAAUACGUGAUGAUGCCUAACUUGGCUAUAGAGAACAUUCGUUUUGUGGAGAAUGACAAUUUGUGGAUUGGACCUCGCCAGGCUGAUCUGAUCCAUCUUGGAGCCAAGUACUCCCCUUGUAUGAGACGUGAUGAAAAUAUUUGGGAAGGCAUCAGGAAGGACAGAGUAGAGGAAAAUACUUCUGGUUGUUGUGUGAGAGAUGAUGGCUCUGGCUGUACACAGACAGUUAAGGACUUGUGUGAGCCAACUUUAAACACUUUCAUGAAAUGGAAUUCAACGCAUCCUGGAAAGGGAGGCUUUGUAGCAGGUGCAGUGUGUGGACAGGAUCCUAACUACUGUACCAAACCUGCUUCAGUUGAACCGUUUGUGUGGGACAAAAACUCUAUCACAAAGUGGCCGUAUUGUGAGGAAACAAGUAGACCAUCCUCUGACACCACAGUUGUGAGUGAGGGACGUCACAUGACCUGUGAGAUUAGCGGCCGACCCUGUUGCCAUGGGAUACAGGGAGAGUGUAUGAUGACGACAAGAGAACACUGUGACUUUAUCAAAGGCUAUUAUCAUGAGGAUAAAUACUUGUGUGCACAGGUGAGUUGUUUAACACAAAUCUGCGGAAUGAUUCCUUUCGCUGAUGACACAGCACCAGAUCAGUUCUAUAGGCUAUGGACAUCCAUGUUUUUACACGGAGGAGUCUUCCAUCUGGUGAUUACCAUAGGAUUCCAGUUCCUCAUCAUGAGAGACAUAGAGAAAUUAACUGGCUGUAUAAGGAUGGCAAUAAUAUAUGUUGGCAGUGGAAUCGCUGGUAACAUUGCCAGCUCAAUAUUCUUACCUUAUCAUGUAGAGGUGGGACCAGCUGGGGCCCAGUUUGGUAUUUUGGCCUGUCUCCUGGUGGAGGUCCUACAAAAUAUACAGAUGCUGAAGCGACCUAUAGUUGCCAUCUUAAAGAUUGGUGGUUUUAUCCUCUUCCUCUUCCUACUUGGAUUGUUGCCGUGGAUAGACAACUGGGCUCAUGUCAGCGGCUUUCUUUUUGGCUUCCUGCUAGCCUUUGCACUCAUACCAUACGUGUCGUUUGGUCAGUGGGACAGGAGGAGGAAGAUCAUUGGGAUAAUUUUGUCACUAGGGGGCGCCAUUGCCUUGUUUAUUACUCUGAUUGUACUGUUUUAUGUGCUUCCCCUGUAUAACUGUCCUGGCUGUCAGUAUUUCAACUGUAUUCCAUUUACUACAAACUUCUGUAAAAACAUGGAAGUAGGCAUUGAUCGUGAGUCCACCUACAGUUCUCACCUGUAACUACUGGCAGCUUCUGUGAUGCCGUCCACGUUUACCUAGAUACUGCUGUAAAUUGUCAAGCCUUAUACUGUCAGUAUAAAUGUGUUAUACUGUGGACUCAAUAGUAUUUAACUACCUUGAUUGUUGAAACAAAAAUAAAAGCAAGUAUUUGCCAAGAGCAGAGCAAUUCAACUGACCAUGAGAUUUUUAUUCGUUGAACAAAGCCAUUUAUAUAUAUAGUGGAUGUUUUACAUAGAAUGUAAAUCUAAUACAUUUAAUUGAAAUCCUAAGCAUUUACAACAUUAUUUUGUGAGAGUUUUUGUUAGAUAUUAUGUUACGAUGGUAUACGGGGUAUUAUUUUCACUAUCCAUUGUCGGACUGAAAAUUUCUUUAGAAAAAUUUAAUACAAUAGUAUUAUGAAUUGAAGUACAAACUUGAUUGUGUCUGGAUAAUUCUAACAUUGAGAUUCAGCAGUUUGAACUCACAGAACCUGUUGAAUCUGGUAUGAUCAACUUCCUUUUGAUCAGGCAGAUGUUGUAAGUUACUGAAACACUAUAUAGAUAUUUUUGUACUACAAGUAGGUUUACUUUUAUGUCAAAUGUCAUAGUUCAUUGUACACCUGUAAUGGCUUGAUCUGCUCCCUAUUAGGGCCCGGAAUUCAAGGUCUCAUAGUCAAAGGUCAAGAUCAAUUUUUAUGAUAUUUUACUGUUAAAUAUUUUGUUAUGACAUUGUGAAACAAAGUUGACAAAUAAGUUUACAAAAAGACAAAGUCACUGGGUCGAAGGUCAAUAUACAUGUUUAAUAUGAUAAUACUUUAUGACAUCUAACCCAGAGAGAUCAAAAUGAACAAAAAGUGUAUGAAUACUCCGAUGUCAAUGUCAACAUUCUAUCAAAGCUGAUUUGUAUUGAAUGAAGAACUGCUCCGCAGCAGGAGGAUAUAAAAGAUGAUAGGAAUAACAAGGUAGAGUCCAUCACAAAACACACAGAUUCAGUGCCAUUAGUCAUGUUAGCAGUAUUCCUAAACCAUUUUAACCUUUCUGUUAAGUCCAGGUUUAGAACCGGACACAUUGUGGGGUCUUUUUUAACAUGUCAGUAUUCUAGUUUCAUAGCAAUAACUAAUUUCAUGUGCAUAAUGCGUAUUUGCUGUGAUAUUAUACUUUAUUAAGCAAUAGAAAAUUGGUAAAAUUUAUUUACUAUCACGUACAGGGUAUAUUAUCUAAUUUUGGUGCAGAUAUUAUUACAUCUUAUAGCUAGCUCGACAUUAUAUUCAUGUGUACUGAUUUUGUAUUUGUAAGUUCAGAGCUGAGAAUUGAUUGAAGUAAAUAUAUGUGUUAAAAUUAGCAUAAUAUUUCAUCAUGUAUAUUUACAUGUCCUCAUUUACAAUAACAUGGGAUUUGUUAACACCGUAACUUUAGAUAAAUUUCAUGUUUUAAAUAUCUCCGAGUAUGAGAGAAAAUUGAUAUUACAUUUAUCUAACAGCUAGUCUAUUGUAGUAUUGGUGUAUUUGACCAUCUUACCACCUAGACCUUGUUAUAUAUCAAUCUUCAGUCAGAGCAAUCACUGUUUACAUAUUGUAUUUUAUAUUUUGUAGAAUUUUUAUAUCCUUUAUAAUUCUGGGAUGGAGUUUAA